AAAUAUAUUUGACUUCAGUGUACUAUAUAUAUGGACUUAAGGAGCCCUUUAUCCUCAUUCAAUCCACUCCAACAUUCAGAGUCAUAUCAUACCAGAUACCACAAUGACCAUGGCUUCUAAGUUCUUUUCGAAAAAUUCUCUUGCCCUGUUUCUUGUAGUUGAACUUUCAGUUCUCUGUUUUUCAGCCACGGCUGAUAACAUUUCUUCCACGGCCUCUAUUUGCGAUUCCACUCCCUAUCCUUCCUCAUGUAUUUCAUCUGUCCCGACAAAUUACAACACUACCAACACCAAUGUCUAUAAUUUUUGUCAGUUUUCCAUCCGUAAGUCCAUGUCAAAUGCUCGCAAGUUUAAGCUGUUGCUUGAGAAGUAUCUGAGAUCAUCUUCAGAAUUGACACCUGGGGCGAUCCGGGCUCUUGAAGACUGCCAUUUACUUGCUGAUCUUAACAUGGAUUUUCUAACCAGUUCUUUGCAGUCAGUAAGUACUAGAGAUUUAUCAUCUUCUAAAGCCGAAGAAGUAGAAACCCUACUCAGUUCCAUUUUAACAAAUACACAGACUUGUUUGGAUGGCCUUCAAGAAACAGCUUCGACCUGGAACCAGAAAAAUGGCAUCGCGACACCCCUGGCAAAUGACAAUAAACUUUUCAGUGUUUCUUUAUCUCUAUUCAAAAAAGGCUGGGGACAUAAGAUUACAGAAGGGCCAUCGAGUCCUUCUGAGAAGCAUCGCGCUGGGUUUAAAAAUAGCAGGUUGCCCUUAAACAUGUCAAGCAAAAACAAAGCAAUUUUUGAGAAAAUUGGCAGAAGAAAGCUUCUUCAAACAGAUGAUGGUGCUGAGGUGGUUCCAAUACGUGACCUGGUGAUUGUUAGUAAAGAUGGAAGCGGGAACUUCACCACUAUCAAUCAAGCUGUGGCGAUGGCUCCAAAUAACUCAUUGGCUAGUGACGGAUAUUUUCUAAUAUAUGUUGUAGCUGGGGUUUACGAAGAAUAUGUUACUAUUCCAAAGAACAAGAAGUACUUGAUGAUGAUAGGGGAUGGCAUCAAUCAGACUGUGAUCACUGGCAAUCAUAACGUUGUCGAUGGAUGGACCACGUUCAAUUCCCCAACAUUUGCUGUGGUGGGACAAGGAUUUGUCGGGGUGAAUAUAACAUUCAGAAACACAGCGGGAGGAAUCAAGCAUCAAGCAGUUGCAGUAAGAAAUGGAGCGGAUCAGUCUACUUUCUAUAGCUGCAGUUUUGAGGGAUACCAAGACACUCUCUACGUGCACUCUCAAAGGCAAUACUACACAAAGUGUGACAUCUAUGGCACCGUGGAUUUCAUAUUUGGUAACGCGGCUGCAGUAUUUCAGAAUUGCAACAUAUAUCCACGACUUCCAUUGGCCAACCAGUUCAAUGCCAUCACAGCUCAAGGAAGAAUUGAUCCGAAUCAGAACACAGGCAUUUCUAUCCAAAAUUGUAAUAUCAAAGCUGCUGCUGAUUUGGCUUCAAGCGAUGGAACUACUCAGACGUAUCUAGGAAGGCCCUGGAAACAAUACUCCAGGACUAUUUACAUCCAAUCUUUCAUGGAUAGCUUGAUUAAUCCUGCUGGAUGGCGUGAAUGGUCUGGAGAUUUUGCUCUGAGUACAUUAUACUAUGCUGAGUUAGGCAACACGGGACCUGGAUCAGUAACUAAUGAACGGGUUACAUGGCCUGGAUUCCACAUAAUUACUGCUAAAGAAGCGGCUAACUUCACAGUAUCUAACUUCUUGGUAGGAGAUGACUGGUUACCACAGACGGGGGUGCCUUAUUCUGGCGGCUUAUAGUUAAAUUAACUGAAACUGGAAUCGGUUCCUUUUGUAUUCCUUUCCAGGCUUACCUAGCUAUCUGGGCUGGUGUAGUAGAUUAAUCUUGUACAAGUAAUCUUGUCAGUGCAUUUGGUAUGUAAAACAUUUACUGUUACUUUAUUAUUCAUCAUAUAUACAGAAUCUGCUUAGCUGUUAAAAUUUAUCACUAUAGUUAAUAUUUUAAUUAUACAAAAAGACCAACUCAAGUUCAUGUUCUGCAAUUCUGCAGUAUAAUGUUCUCCACUGCAACAAGUUUGGUUCUGCAAAUAGAAUUG